AUGCCAUUUAAUGUAGUCCUGGAUGGGCCUGCCCCAUGGGGUUUCCGCAUGACCGGGGGGAAGGACUUCAACACACCUUUGACCAUCUCCAAGAUUGCUCCUGGAAGUAAAUCGUCAAUGGUUAACCUUUGCCCCGGUGACGUCAUUUUGGCCAUCGAUGGCAUGUCCGCAGAGACUAUGCUGCACUGUGAGGCACAGAACAAAAUCAAGGAGGCGGGGUAUCGGCUCGUUCUAACCAUCGAGAGGUCAGAGACCAAACUUUGGUCUCCACAUGUCUAUGAGGAUGGCAAAAGCAACCCAUUCAAGUUCAACCUGCAGGCUGAGAAGCAGGAGUAUAGACCAAUUGGUACCGCCCACAAUCGCAAAGCUCAGCCCUUCGUGGCGGCCGCUAACAUCGACGACAGACGACAGGUAGUCAGCGCCGCCUACAACUCGCCCAUCGGCCUCUACUCAUCAGGGAACAUCCAGGACGCCCUGCAUGGCCAGCUACGCGGCCUGGUGCAGGAGAAGCCAGGGAGUCCUAGGACCCUCACCUCCAUCGAGGAGUCAGACGUGUACCGCAUGCUACAGGACCAGGAGGACGAGGGUCCGCAGGAGCCCCGCCAGUCUGGCUCCUUCAAAGCCUUACAGAACUUUAUCAACACUGAGGGUGAUGAUCUUCCGGUCACGCGGACGGUGAAAGCUCCGACCACAAAGCCCACUCCUCCUGCAGGGAACUUACAGAGACUGCCCAUAUGUGACAAGUGUGGGAACGGAAUAGUGGGAACUGUAGUGAAGGUUCGGGAGAAGCACCUCCAUCCCGGCUGUUUCGUCUGCGCGGACUGUGACGUCAACCUGAAACAGAAGGGCUAUUACAUUGUGGAGGGGGAGCUGUACUGUGAGGUGCACGCUCGUGCCCGAACGUGACCCCGUGAGAGCAUCGUGACCCCGUCACGGCUUUUCCAUCAGCCUAGGGGUUAGACACACGUGCACACAAACACAUACAUGCACA